UAUUGCAGUCGGAUGCUACUCCCAGCAAUAUCGCUAAACGCAAUACAGCUACAUCUCCAGUAGAUGGCCGUAAUCUACCUACCAGUGUGUUUCGCCCAUUUUUAUUCUUAGAAUAAGAUCCAGGGCGGAGAAUGGGAAGAGGAAGCUUUGUUUUUUCUAUUAUACGCCUCUAUAGAAAAUAUUUAAACACCUGACUAAAGUCAGCUAGCUAAAAAGGAAACCUAACGUACGAUAAACAUUGAGGACGCAAUUAUUUGGAUUUACAACUACAAUAUAACCACAAAAAGGCAACCAACGCACGCUUGGCCGUCUUUGAGCCUACAAGAAGUCCUGGGUAGUCUGUGGUGAUAGCUCUAGCUUCAGUAAGACAGAGUAGCAACCAGAUUGGGAUUGUAAAAUCCAAAUUAUCGGACACCGGCUGGAACAACGCAGGCCCUACCUGACGAGGUUUACGUCAAUGUAUUAUGCUCAAAUGCCAUACUUUCAUGCAAAACUGGGAAAUUGAUGAUCACUUAAUUAACACCCAAAGACUUAAUCUUUUAGAUAUGUUUUAGUCCUGUUGUAAUGUGAUCGUAUUAUUUGCCUAAAUUGACCAUGUGGCCAUUUUAUACAUUUUAGAUGCAUUUUACAAGCGAUUAAGGUAGUUACAAAAGUCCAAGUAACACAUAUUUUGCUAUUGAGAUGAUAUAAUCUCUUUACUGAAUCAUCUCACUUCUGGUCUCCGAUACCAUUCAAUUUUCUAACUGAAAAGAGUAAGAUUUAGUUUGGUCAAGAUGGCAUACACUUCAAUGAAUUUUGCUCCAGGCGGAGGAGACAUGUUCAUCUGCACAGAGUGUGGCGAAGGGUUUCGUCUUUACCCAAAGCUAGUUGAACACAUGGCCAUUCAUGGCUUGGUUUUCCCUGAUGCUUUAAGUGUUAACGGUACUAACAACACACACAUUGAGUUUGCUCUACAUGAAAACGGCACACUCACAGUGGUCGAUCGAUCCGUGGUGUCUAACUUUUCUUUCUUAUUUGGAAAACCUCCACCCAAGUUGUCAUGGUGUCCAACCCCCAACCAAGCUGUCUUGACCUCAUCUAAGAUGCCAGAAAAGGAGUGUGCUCAGUUUAGAUGUGAGAGAUGUGGACAAGCGUUCAAAAGCCAGAAAAGCUUACAGCUACAUCAGCAGUACCGUGUCCUUGAGCAGGGCUUCAGAUGCACCCUGUGCUGCAAGGUGUUUAAUGACAGAGAGAGUCUUCAGAGCCAUCUUCAAAACCAUGCUCAUGAACGAUUUUAUAGCUGUGGGCACUGUGGAAAGCGAUUUUUGAGACAAGAGGCACUACUGUCGCACAAGAAACAGUGGCAUGGAUCGCCAGCUUCCAAAUCUUUAACUAGACUACAGGAGGAUCAAGAAAAUAGUUUGGAGAAGUCCUAUCCUUGCAAAGUCUGUGGUUUACGUUUCUUUUGGUUGUCUGAUUUGCAAAGCCACCUAAACAGUCAUUCUCGUGUCAAGAAGCCACCCAGCAAUGUCUCGCACCAACAGGAAAUGCGAAGGGAUGAAGCAAGAACUACAUCACAAUUAAAAAAACAUCAUGCGCUCCAGUAUCCUGGUGAGAAUGAAGACAAUGACUUCAUUGAUUUGUCAGCUGAAAUUAAACAGGAGUCGCCGUCUCACUAUGGUAAAAUGCGUCAAAUGUCGGCAAAAAAACAUAUGCAGCGAUUCAAUCCAGUAAUGGCAGGGAUAAGGAGGAGACGUAGAAGAGCUAGCAAAGUCCACCACGAUUCUAAACUAUUCUCCUGCAAAUAUUGCCAUCGAGGAUUCCUACAUUCAAGCAGUCUCUCUCGCCACAUGCGUUAUCACAAAGGCACUCUGCCUGUUUGUGUUUAUUGUGGACGAUUUUUCUCACAAAGAUGUGAUGUCACAAGACAUGUGGCAAUGUUCCACAGCUCAACACUUCAACCUAAGGCUAAUGAAGCCUUAAAGACAAAUAAAAGCAGCAAACAGGACAAUGUGACAGUACCGACACAAAUAGUAGGCGACGAGGGUAAUAAACAAAGGGAUCUGCAAGAAGUUCAGCACUCAUCAAAUGUAGACAACAAGCUGUCAUUAGAUUCUGAAGAACAGGGCAUUUCCAAGCCGAGGAUGACAUACAAAUGCAAGGAAUGUAGUAGAGUGUUUGCACUGCUUAGCGCUUUUAAGCGACAUGUGCAUUACCACAAGCGGGAUCCUGCAAGAACAUUGCUUUUAUGCCCUUUCUGUCCAAGCCGCUUCACUUUCCGCUCUGCUUUGGAUCGCCAUAUUGAAGGUCAUCAAGAACGUUUUAAAAUGGAUGAGGCAAAACUUGCCAAUAGUAAUGUAGAUGAUCCUGAAAAUCAGCACAAGGUUAUUGAUGCCGGUGAGCCUAAUACAAAUGAAAAUGUUAGCCUGCCAUUGAAAGUAUUGAAUUAAUCCAAUGAAUGUUCCCAAACCGUGACACCUCACUGAAAUGCUCAUGAUAAGUGAAUAGUGUCUCAACACAGUUUUAUGCCAAUAGGCUUGGGUCUUAGUCUUUAAGAGUUGUACUUCAUUUUGGGUUUAGGUCAUAUUCUUAGGUUUUUAUUAUUUGGCAUGUUUAAAAUCCCCCCAGAUUAAUUUGUUUACCUUAUUUUCUUUUGCCUAUUUUUUUUACUGUGAACCUCUGUAAUUUCUAAGGUACUGAUACCACAUAGCGGAACAUUGUUACUUCAAGAGUAAUGAAUAUCAUAAGGUUCUGAUAUAGCAGCACACUCCUGUUGUAGUUCAUAUGAAUAUGUACGUUUUAGCUGUAUAUGACUGGUGAUUCAAGUCAAAGUCACUACACAGACUCUACACUGUAUACUGUUUUUUUCAUGGUAUAAAUUGUAUUUUUUGUACAAAGCAUAAUGCAAGUUGACAUAUAUUGACUAUAUUCAAACAUCAGCAAAUAUCUGCUUAUGUUUGAUUAAAUAAAAGUGUGUACUUUUUAGAGGCCUUGUAAAUACUGAAUUCUGUUUUGUGCACCAAAUCUGUAAACUCUUGUACAAUGCAUGCACAUUAAUGUGCCAAAAUUUAAAAACUACUCGGAAACCUA